AUGAAAAAAUUGAGUCGCAGAUUGAUGGGUUUGAUUACUAAUCACUUCAGAGAAUUGGAUCUUGCAUCGGUAUGCCCUCAAGCAAAUUUGGCAGUUCAUCAUACAGCAAAGAUUCGACGUGCUCUGAAAACGAUAUCUGCACUAAGGCAAAUGAAUGAUUCAUCUCAGAUGAUUUCUUCUGAUUCUGCUCUAGAAAAUAUUGCUGAACGAGAUGUAACGAAGAAUACUGGCAAAGGACAAUUACGUCGAAAGCCAUGCAGUAUAAUCUAUACGGAAGCGGCAACAGAAGGGCAGAAUGCUUGCAAAAAGGGAUGGUCUUGUUGCAGCACCGUGCCAAACACAAAAACAGUUUGUUGUGCCUGCUGCAGUUCGGAAGAAAAGCAACGGCUUCAGCAUUCACGAAAAUUAUGUCACAUGAGAAGAACGUGUCUCUGCAAAGAUGCUAAAUUAAAAGAGUCCACAGUAGGUAAUGGUUCUGGUACGGAAAAGGGGCCAGAGAAGCAAUCUAGAGGAUCGUCUGCAGAAAGAGUCCUUGUGAAAUCUAUGGAAUCGGUAACAGACGAACUUGAUAUAGAUAAACUCCAACAGGAUCUACAACAUGAGAGGACGCUCAGAGCUCAGCUUGCAGAACAAAUAAAAAACUUGACGUGUAGCAUGCAAUGCCUAAAAGCAGACGGAGAACAGCAAGCAGCAUGUUUGCGCGAUGCAUUAUCAAAGGCAGAGGAACAAGUUAAACUAGCAGUCAGAUCCCAAAAUCUUGCUAUGGAUUUGGCCAAGCAAUCUAGAAAUCAUUCUGACAUGAUAAAAGCCAGCAAGAGUGAUUUAGCAGCCCAAAUGACUGUUUUGAAGGUGAAAAGGCAGACAAUUUGCGAUAAUACGAAACUCGCUUGCGAGUGUAAAGAUUUGAAAUACCAAUUGAAAAGUAUGUCUGAAACUGAAGCAAAGAAAUUUGCAGAUGUUUCCUUGGAGGUGGAUAAAAUUAAGAACGCAGUUCAGAGGAAAGAAGAAAUUUUAUAUGCUGAGAAAGCCGAAUAUGAAGAAAUGAUUGCAGAAUUAACAAACGUAGUUAAAAUACAAAAGAAACAAAUUUGCGAUCUGACUGGCAUCUGCAAUCAGCAUCAAAUUCAAAUGCAACAAAAAGAUAUGUGCAUUUCUGAAAAGGACGCUCAACAAUGUGAUCAACAAUGUAAACUUAAUACAAUGGUCUCCAAAGUGAAAGAACUGAAAAUGGAAUUAGAGAAUUCAAAAUUUUCACUUGCUCAAGAAACACAGACCUGUAAUACUUUGAGAAAGGAAUUGAUAAAUAUUAAGGAUAACCAUCAUUGUGAACUAAGAAUUAAGGAACAAAUGAUAGAAGAUCAAAGUGACACAAUCAAGAGAUUAAAAAAUCUGGUACAACAGAGCGAAAAGAUGGCGAAGCAUGCUGCACAAGAAUUUGAGCAAUUGACUGACCAACUGUAUUGUGAAAAAGAAACUAACAACUCACUCCUAGCUGCAUUAGAAACUGCUGAAUCAAAGUUCGCAGAUCAGCCUCUAGGGCUGUGUAAAAAUUGCGAAGAAUUAGGAGCCCAGAUGGAUUGUUUGGAAGACCAGAAAAGAAAGGCAUUGCAGGCUGCCAAAUUCGCUGCAGACAAAUUUUUUAAAGCAAAAAUAGAAUUUGAGCACCAACUGCAGGAGGAAAAACAGCAACAGCAGUAUCUCAAAAUGGCGUUAAAAAAACGAGAGAAUGAAAUCGAUUGCUUGAAGGCAAAUUAUCAACACAGAAAACAAGUAGAUAAAAGAAACCGUUCCAUCCAUUGAUAUACUCAGAAUUCAUUACGUUUGAAUAAGGUUUUUGUUCCUGGUGAUCUGAAAAUUAUUAGUGCAAGUAUUCACUUUCUAUAUGGUGUAUCGUUACUUGAAAUCACUGUAAGCUACCUCUUACAUAUUCUAGACAUAA